CAAACGAUAUUCUGCUUGAACCGCGUGACAAAACAUUAAUUUUUUUCUCCAAAACCACAAAUAAUUUUUGUACAAGUGUUUUUUGUUUUGUACAUUAUUACGAAAAAAAAGCAAAAAUGUUAAUUGUGGGAGCAAUAACUACUUUUGUCAUUGCUUUAUGUUUGGUAUAUAUUUAUUACAAGUUUGUGGUGUUCAAUUUCUGGCGCAAGAGAAGUAUAUUUUACGUCGAACCCGUUAUACCAACAGGUAAUCUGACUCCGGUAUUAAAAGGAAAACUGUCAAUAGGUGAAUUACUUCGCAACAUUUAUUUGAAAUAUAAGGGCCAUCGUGCAAUCGGAACGUACACAUUUUUCAAGCCGAACCUUGUGAUUGCCGAUCUCGAUCUUGUCCGCAUAGUGCUGACCAAAGAAUUUGCUAGUUUCCAUGAUCGUGGAUACUACUGCAACGAAAAAGUAGAUCCGUUAUCCGGCAACUUAUUUUUAUUGCCUGGAAGAAAAUGGAGAAAUUUACGCGUCAAGCUGACAUCUACAUUUACUUCAGGAAAACUCAAGCAAAUGUUUGAAGUUCUGAAAGAUUGCGGCGAAGAACUCGCGACAUCUUUAGAAGAAGUAGCCAAAACGGAAUCAUGCAUCGAAAUAAAGGAAAUAUUCGCAAGAUAUACUAUAGACGUCAUCAUGUCCGCAGCUUUUGGAAUCAAGUCCAACUGUAUGAAAACGCCGGACAGCGAAAUUCUUUACCAAGGGAAAAAACUAUUUCAAUAUCAUAUGUUUUGGUACGCACUUUUUGCGUUUGUACCUCAAAUUGCCGAGUUUUUUGCUAUUCCUCUCGUUGGUCGGAAUAUUUCAAAGUUUUUUAUAAAAGUGUUUCGGGAUACCGUGCAACACAGACAAACUCACAAUGUUGUCAGACAUGAUUUUAUGAAUCUACUUAUACAAACUAUGGAGAAAGGCUACGUGGCGCAUGACAAAGGAGACACCGCCGAUGUUUCUUCGAAUACGAGCAAGAUGUCUAUCCUGGAAGCUGCUGCGCAAGCAUACGCCUUCUUCAUAGGCGGCUUUGAAACUGCCUCAACCACUGCGACGUUUUGUUUAUACGAAUUAGCAAUAAAUCAAGACGUACAAAACAAGCUUCGUCAAGAAAUUGAUGAAGUCCUGAGAAAACACGGCGAAAUGACUUACGAUGCUGUAAACGAUAUGACCUAUCUUCACAAAGUAAUAAAUGAAACUCUGAGGAAAUAUCCACCAGUGUCGAUUCUGAAUCGCAUCUGCACCGAGACCAUAGAUCUUUCGAGUACUAUUCACGUACCGAAAGGAACUUUAAUUACUAUACCGGUGCUCGGAAUACAGAGAGAUCCGGCGAUAUAUCCAAAUCCGGACAUGUUUGAUCCCGAGCGAUUCAACACGGAUCAAAUAGCGGCUAGACAUCCGUACUCUUAUUUGCCAUUUGGAGAAGGGCCACGAGUGUGUAUCGGUCAACGGUUCGGCUAUAUGCAGACAAAAGUUGGUGUUAUAAAUAUCUUAUUGAACUUCAAACUUAAACUUCAUCCACAGACUUCGGUGCCACUCAUCAUCGACGAAGCAUCUAUAGUAUUUGCGCCCAAAGGCGGUGUACAUCUUACAAUUAAACCGCGAUAAAGUUCUCUCACUCUUUAUAACCGUUUUCCAAAACAUUUAAAUCAAAUAAACAAGGUCUGUAUCUGAUAAUAACUAGUGCAUCGUAGUGCAAACUACCUUACGUCAGAAAAAAGUUAUGUAACACGUCAUUACCGACUGAAGAUAGAUACGUGCAGAAUAAUUUUACAUAUAAUUUUGUUUAUCAUUUGUUAUUGGUGUGACAAUUAUACGAGUGUUUUAAACUUAUGUUGAAAACAAUGACGUGGUGCAUAACUUAUGUUGAGAAUAUAAGGUUCUAAUACUGGCAGUGAAUUUCGAAACACAACUAAAGGCCAUCACACGUAAAAUUAUUUAAAACCAUAAGACGUAGCCGAAGAAAAUUUACCAAUCAGAAAUUUACGUUCAAAAGUGAUGGAGAUAUAAAUUACAUUCUGAUUGAUCAAUUUUCUUACGGCUACGUCUUCCGUUCUUACGUAAUUUUAUGUGUGACGGCCCUCAUCUUUCCGCUUGCCUCACUGUUUAUACAAUCGCUUCAGUCGAUUGGUUGAGCCACUGGCCCUGGAAUCGGACUUUUAUUUGCAGAAUGACGUAUGGGCGGAGCUUAAAAGCUCUUAAGCCCAAUGUUCACACUUUGAUAUAUUUACACAGGAUAUAUUUAUAUUUUUGUGAUAUAUUUACAGCAUGCAGCAGCGGGGCGGUGGGGAUACGCACAAAGCAGCAAGUAAAUGCUUGCUGAUAUUGCGCAUCACUUCCACUGUUGCUGCAUGUUGUAAAUGUGUCAAAACUGCGAACUGCUUUAACCACAAAAAAAACAUAAAGGCCAUUGCACGUGACAAAAGUUUAGAGGUAGUCGUAAGGUCGUUAGCAAAUCGAUCAAUCACUGGUCAGUAUUUUAGCUAAUGUAAGAUAAUACUGGUCUGUAAUUGGUUGAACUGCUUACGACUUUGCGGUUACGGUUUUUUUCACGUGCAAUGGCCGUAAGACAUAAGCUUCAGUCGAUUGUUCAGUAUUCUUCAGACAACAUCAACGUGACUAUAUNACAAAACAUUU